AUGGAGUCUAAGUAUCUAGAAGGAAAAGUUCGAGUCCCUUUGUCGAGUCUGAAGAGCGAGGAUUUGGAUGUUCAUUCAUCGUCAUUCCCGAUCAACAUCAUUGAGCAUCUUCGUGAUCCAGGACAUGCCAUCUCAGUUCGGAUUACUCCAAGGACCCGAGAUGACAUUCUACGGGGCUUGAGCUACUCACCCGAGCAAUUGUAUGCGACGCUUGAAUUGGAAUCUAGUCCUUUGAUCAAUGAUCACCAAGUUUUCUACGCUGCCAAGGACUUGGAUCUGGACAGAGCGAAGGCUGUCCUCGGAAGGGAUCAUAUUUGCAACGUACGCUUGUACUGCAUUCCAGUACAACCUCGCAAGAUUUGCGAUGGUGCCGUCUUCCAGAACGUGCGGUAUUACAUGGCCGGGUCUUGGAAAAAGAACCGUGUGUCUGUUGCCCAAGCCUGGAUGGACAAGCUGUCGGGGUCCAAGAGGAAGAUACUGGGAAGUCUAUGGAAACAUCCGGAUAUAAUAGCAGCUAUGGAUAGCAUGCUUUGUUUUCCUGGUUAUUGGGAUGGGCUUCAGCUUGGGAACUGGGCAAAACAUCUGGCCGCCCGCAUCAAUCCGCUCAUCAUCAACUAUUGGGUGCAUAUUAAGAACGUCGCUUUGAAAAUAAUGGCUGGACAUGAAGACAAGCUGCAUCUAUUUAAUGCAAAUACAGUUGCAAUUCUUCAAUAUCGGGCGCCGUCGUGGAAUUCGCAAGACCGAGCACAGAUCUGCGAUCUUUUUGAGGACGGAACACUGUUUCCUGGCAUUUUAUCAAAGAGUGCUCGAGACAGAAUUAAAGACAACAUCCUUGAGCUCCCGGAUUCAAUACCUAGCAUCCAGACCUUUCAUGAAAACAUGAGAUAUUUGACGAUUGGAGCUAAAAUCCUUGAGAAACACAUUGAGAACAGGCCGUCAGAGAGCCGGGCUGAUACAAUCGAGCCCAUGUGUUCCAGUCUUAUUGAGAAUUUAAAAAAGGACUGGAACAGUCGUGGGGCUUCGAUGGAAGUCGGCCACGGCCGCAUGAUCCAGGUGAAUGAGCCAACUGCCGACGCUGCAGUCAUUCAAGCAUUUCUAGCCGCAUUGCGCUACUUCCCUUACUUGUCACCCGAGGCGCCUCUAAGGGACUUUGACAAGAGAGUGUGGAUGGCGGGCAAUUUUGAUAAUAGCGUUCUAAGCCGUCUCUGUGUCACUCUUAAAGAUUUAGGUUUCUCUAACGCGAAUAUUGAGAAAGGGCGUCUUCACCCGAUUGAGAACCGGCACAUAUCGUACACCCAGCCGAAGAGGAGGAGGGACUGGCGCAGUGGAAAACCUUGCCUCGCGGGGUACCACAUCCUACUGCAAUCGUCUUUUUUCCCACAACUAUUCGCGGAACCCUUAGAUGACAAGGUGCCACCAGAGCUACGUGUGCAAAGCGAUAUUUUGCAAGCUUUUUUUGGAGGUAAAGCGAAGGUUCCAUCGCUGGCAUCAGCUGCAUCUCUUCGUGCUGAAAUGGACGUGGAUACAACAGAGCCAAAUGAGGCAUGGAGGAGUGAGGCAGAGAUAAACGAAGACACAAGGCUAGGUGAAGUAUUAAAGUUAUGGCCAAGGGGCAAUAAUGAAACGCGCCCCAAAAAGAAAGGAAAGGACAAAAUGCCUCGAGGUUUUGCUCGGUCUGCAACAAGUCGCGACAAGCCGCGCGUUCGGGGCAAAGGGCCUAAGUUCACAUUCACCGCAGUGUUGGAAACGUAUGUAACUUCGGCCGUAUGUUUAUAG